AUGGCAGUCUUGUGUUUCUCACCAGGAAAGACCUACGCUGUAGGGGAGGUGAUGCGGAGUAAGUGCCAGGAAUGCAAGUGCCUGCAACGAGGCACUUUCACCUGCAAACGCCUGGGAGAGGAAAAGUAUUUCAGGAAGGAAUUUCGAGAGUUGACGCCUACGGAGAUGCGGCGUUAUCAAGGUGCCAUUAGGAAGUUAGUGGAAGUUAGGAAGGCGGGGUGGCAUUACCUCACUCGUAUGUACACACAGCAUUUGCCUAACUUCGCUGGCACUGAUCGUUUCCUUCCCUGGCAUCGUUACCUCUUGUGGCUGGUAGAUGUUCUUCUUCAAGAGGAUGGUUCCUGCGAUCUUUCCGUUCCUUACUUCGACUGGACUCUUGACGUUGGCGACAUAAGCACAUCAGCAGCGUGGCAAGCCAAUUACUUUGGUGGUGAUGGUGACCGCAAGACACUCUGUGUGACCCAUCACCCAUUCAGGUCACCUGGUCACGAUGACUGGGCUCCCUGUCUCAUGAGAAGCUUCAACCGUUCAGUCUGGUUACCUGACGCAGUUGGAAUCGCACAUCUGAUAAACAACGCUAACUACAGGCAAUUCAGACUACACAUGGAAGCCAUAUCUGGGCUCUUUCAGCUGUUCGUUGGAGGUCACUCACUCACGCACGAGAGACUUUACGAUCCCGUAUUCCUCUCACAUGUGGCGUUUCUUGACAAGAUAUUUGACAGCUGGCUGAGGAAGCAUGGACAAACUGGUGCUCUUUUUCUGACAGAGAUGAAUUCUGGCUUGCUAGAGCCCUUUGGUGUCACCCCUCACGACUCUCUCGAGGCUGUGCUCCAGCACGGUGUCACCUACAGUGUCCUAUCCAAGGGUGCUCCGUGUUUGAAAGAGGUCGUAGAGGAAUCCGAAACACAUAGGCAUAGUGGCGAAAAUGUCGCAAACGAGAGAUGGACGCAGACUGAGAGUGCAGACGCCUACGACGAGGAUGGCUACAAUGAGCGCGGCUACACUAGUGAGGGCUACGACUCACUGGGUUACGACAGACGAGGCUACAACAAAGACACUUUUAACCGGGACGGCUACAACCUCGCCGGGUUUAACAGAGACGGCUUUAAUCGCUACGGCUUUAAAAAGGACGGUUGCACGUCACUUGGUCCUCCAUUCUGCCGCUCGACGAUCAACAGCACGACGACAGCACCUCCAUUCGACACUUACGGCUACACGAAAGAAGGCUACAACAUUCUUGGUCUCGACCGUGAUGGCUUUGAUGUCUAUGGCUUCAACAUGGAAGGCUACGACAGGCUGAAGUGUAACUACUACAAUAACGGACCAUUCUACAUGCUGACGAAGGCCCGACUGGAGGAGGAACUUUAUCAUGUUACUGACGAUGCAAAGUUACUGAACAUAGAGAGGACGUGUAGCCAGGUGACGAGGGUACCAGACUGGUGGCUCAUGCACAACCUCUUCUCUCUGGAAGACAUCAGUGAACUGAGGCAACAAGAAGCAACAGCUAUUGCACUUCGCCCUAUACUCAGCCUCCCUCAUAAGAACAUUGGUGUCAGCACCUCGCAGCAACCGUACCUGCCACCAGCACCUCAGGACAGGAUGUGUGUCAACCUGCGGGUGUACAGCGGGUGUUCGCUCACAGCUCACGUCGUGCACUGUGACGAGGAUGAAGUGUGUGAUGGAGGUGCACACUCAGCAGCAAAGUGUGUGGGUCACAGCAACGUUGUGUGUCGGGCCAGAGGCUGCGACGGUGUCUGCACACCAACGCUGAUUGACGGUCUCACUGGUCAAGAACUUACCUGUUACGACUGUGUGGACGAGGGUGGAGCCGUCCACGAGGAGGGGUCGUUGUGGGAGGUGGAGGGGACGUGUGAGGUGUGCAGGUGCAGGGGGGGACAGGUGCUAUGUGCCAACAUCACCUGUCCUCAGGUACCCUGCCUUCACCCUGUCCUGCCUCAAGAUUCCUGCUGUCCUUCCUGCAAGCUAGGGUGCCUCUACGAGGGUCAGGCAGUGCCAGAGGGUGAGGUGGUGGUCACUGAGGACCCGUGCCAGACAUGUCACUGUGAUGCUGGCACAAUCGUCUGUGUGGCUGUCAUCUGUCCUAGCCUCACCUGUCCUGACGCCCUCACCCUCCCAGGUGAGCCUCUCAUCCGCCCAGGUGAUCCCCUCACCCGCCCAGGUGAGCCCCUCACCCGCCCAGGUGAGCCCCUCACCCGCCCAGGUGAGCCUCUUACCCACCCAGGUGAGCCCCUCACCCGCCCAGGUGAGCCCCUUACCCGCCCAGGUGAGCCUCUCACCCACCCAGGUGAGCCCCUCACCCGCCCAGGUGAGCCUCUUACCUGCCUUGGUAACCAUACUUUGUCUGGCACUGUGACCUGCGUGACGGAGGUGUGCCCCCAGCCUUCCUGUGAUGACCCGAGGGUAGUGCCAGGGCACUGCUGCCCCUCCUGCCCAGAUCAGUGCCACUACGAUGAUCGCACCUUCAGCUCUGGACAGGUCUUCACUCCCUCCUUCAACCCGUGCCUCAACUGCUCCUGUCAGGAAGGCAACGUCAAGUGCCAUGCCCUGGAGUGUGUGGCACCCGCGUGUCCAGGUGCCACGACAGUGCCAGGAGAAUGCUGUCCCACCCACUGCCCUGAUGCCCCACCCUGCACUGACGCCUCAGGGCACCUACGUGCCCACGGGGACUCCUGGACCCAAGGGCACGCUCACUGCCAAGAGUGCCGGUGUGAGGCUGGUGUUGCACAGUGCCAGGAUCGUGGGCAGUGCCCACACUGCCCAGACGGUGUGCUGGAUGCCCACUCUUGCUGCCCAGAUUGUUCACGCUGCCAGGACGGCACCAGUGUCUACCAGAGCGGCACAUGGUUCAACCGUGAUGGUGACCCAUGUGUACAGUGCCAGUGCCUGGAGGGUCAGGUCAUGUGUGUGCCAAGACUCGUCUGUCCCAAGUUGACCUGUGUUGCUCAACACCUUCCUGUGGGUGCCUGCUGUCCUAGCUGUACUGAGUGCCAGGAUGAGGAUGGUGGUGCCUGGGAGGAGGGUGCCACCUGGACGCCCCCUCGUGACCCCUGCCAGCAGUGCCACUGUCACAAGGGCCACAUCAGGUGCCAACGGACACAGUGUCAGGUGAACUGCACUCACCCAGUGCCAGCACCACCCACCUCCUGCUGCCCUGGGUGCCACGCCUGCCUCUACCACCAGAAAGUGUAUGCCCAUACCCACAGCGUGCCCACGCCAGACCCAUGCAACACCUGCACUUGCAACCACGGUAGUGUUGUGUGUGACACCGUGCGAUGCCCUGAGAUACACUGUGUGGAUGCCCACCUGCUGCCCGACCACUGUUGUCCCACCUGCACCCACUGUCACCACCUGGGAACCACCUACCAAUCCGGCUCUGAGUGGUGGCUGGAGGAAGAUCCUUGUGUUAAGUGCCGGUGUGAGUCCGGUUCCGUCACCUGCGUCUCCCAGGCCGGCUACUGCAACCCACAGUGCCCACAUCCGGCUACACCAGCUGGCCACUGCUGCCCACUCUGUGACGGCUGCCUCUACCACAAUAUCCACUACCAUAACAACCACAACUUCACUCUCUCUCACCAGAACCAUUGUCUGGAGUGCCAUUGCUUGAAUGGGCAUGUACACUGCCAGGAGGCAGUGUGUGCUGAGGUGGUGUGUGAGAAACCACUGCUGGAGGAAGGUACCUGCUGCCCUACGUGCCCUCACACUGCUGCUACUACUGCCUCUCCUCACACUGCUGCUACUACUGCCUCUCCUCACACUGCUGUUGCUGCUGCCUACCGUUCAAGCUACCACUCAGCAUCCUCCUAUCUAUCAGCACCAUCUAUUCUUCCACAUACACCACAUUUUCACCUCUAUUCAGAAUUACUUUCACGUUCUGCAGCCUCCAGCACCUCUCCGGCAGCCACUACAUCGCCCCCUACACCCACUCCUACAUUACCUAUUUCUACACUAUCUCUAUCGCCAACCCCCUCUUCGUUACCACAUUUACCCACUGUGCUCUUCCCUAUUGCUUCACCCCCUUCGUUUUCCUCAUCUCUCUCACCCACAUAUCCUCCCUUCUCCCCACCUGCCUCUCCUCCUCCUCCUCCUCCUCCGGAUCUUCCUUCCUCAUCUUCGUGUCCUUUUUGCCGUUUUUCGUCGUGUCUAGUGGAGGGGACUGUGUACCAGCUGGGAGUGACCUUCCAGCAUCCAGCUCACCCUUGUGUCCAGUGCUCCUGUACGGGCACUGGAUUGACGUGUGGGUCGGUGCCCUGCCCCACAGUGCCCUGUACCCACCCAGCGAUGCCCUCAGACGGCUGCUGCCCAGUCUGCCAUGACUGCCUCUUCACCCUCAGGGUCUUCCCUGACGGUGACAGCUUCAUCCACGAGCACGACCCUUGCCAGGAGUGCCAGUGCCAGGCUGGCACUGUGCGGUGUGACACUGUGCGCUGCCCCUCCCCACAGUGUGCCCAACCCCAGGUCCUGAAGGGGGUGUGCUGCCCCUUCUGUCUCACUACCCACCAGUGUAACUUCCAUGAUAACCACUAUGAUAACCACGAGGUCUUCCUGCACCCCCACGACCACUGUCAGGAGUGCAGGUGUACAGAGGGCGUUGUGAGGUGUCGUGAAAAGCCCUGUUUACCGUAUGCCUGUCCCUCGCCCCGUCUAGUAGACUGCUGCCUCCAAUGUGACGGGUGUACCUACGGAGGUAAGAGCAUUGUUGACGGAGCAGUGUUCCCGGAUCCCCUGGACCAGUGCAGGUCGUGCACCUGCCUGCAGGGUCGUGUAGGGUGCGUGCCCGUACCCUGCCCUCCAGUACCAUGCUCCAGGCCCCUAACACCACCUGGGACCUGCUGCCCUCUCUGUACAGAAUGUGAACAUGAGGGAGAGAUGUACCUUGACGGUGAGGUGUUUGAGUCCCACUUUGACGAGUGCACUCAGUGUCGCUGUGACUACCCUGAUGUGACCUGCUACCCCCGGGUGUGUGCACCAGCCCACUGCACCUACCCAGCCCUCGACCAGACUGGCUGCUGUGCCCUCUGUAAGGACUGUCACUUUGAGGGCAACACUUACUACAAUGGUCAGCACUUCCCGGAACCCAGCGACCCUUGCUCACAGUGUUCAUGUAGGAUGGGCGAGAUACAGUGCACCGUGAUACCCUGUGGUCGUCCAGCCUGCCCGUACCCCGUGCCAGGGAACUGCUGCCCAGAGUGUGGCACUGGGUGCCAGUACGACGGUGUCAUCAUCCCAGAUGGCGGCACCUUCCCCAGCAGCAUGGCCACCUGUCAAGAGUGCCAGUGCCAUGGUGGGCACGUCACCUGCAUGCCCAGGACCUGCCCACAUGUCACCUGUACCCACCCUACCAUUGCUGACUGCUGCCCACGAUGCCAAGACUGCUACUUUGAGGAACGAGAGAUCGAGUCAGGGCAGGUCUUCUCCCACCCACGACACCCAUGCCAGGAGUGCCAGUGCCAGGCUGGCUCAGUCACCUGUCACCCACUCCAGUGCCCAGCAGUGCAAUGUUCUCACCCACGUGUGGUGAACUGCUGUGCUUCCUGCAGUGUUGGCUGCAGGUUCCAGAACUUACUACUGGAGGAAGGUGACACACUUGGACUCACUAUACUUACACCUGCCUGA